AUGAUGUUACCACGUUUAUCGUAUGGAAAAUAUGGAGGGUGUUGUGCAUGCCUAGUUCUAGGAUACUACUUAAAAGAUAUUUUAAAUUGGAUAGAGACAAACAAUAAAUAUAGAGAUUUAUAUGACAAGAUUAAGGAUGCAUUAUGUGAAAAGGGAGGAAAGAUAUUUCCUUAUUUUCUUCGAUUUUUAAUGAAAGAUAGUGAUGUAAAUAAUAUUGAGGAAAAGUUUUUUUACAAAAAUUUUGAUAAAGAUGUUGUUGAAAAACAUGGAAGAUAUAUUAACAUACAAGAAAUAAAUACAAAUUCUUUAGAGGAAAUAUUUAAAACAAAAAUUUUAAUUAUAGGAAUAGGAGGAUUAGGAUCACCAAUAUGUUUUUAUUUAAGUAAAUUUGGAUUUUCUGAAAUUGGAUUAGUAGAUGGAGAUAUAGUAGAAAAAUCAAACUUACAUAGACAAAUAAUUCAUAAAAAAAAAAAUAUAGGCUUAAAUAAAGCUAUAUCAGCAAAAUUGACUUUAAAUGAUUUUGAUGAAAAUUGUAAUAUAGUAUGUUAUCCAUAUUUUUUAGAUAAAAUAAAAGGAUUAGAAAUUAUAAAACAUUAUGAUAUAAUAAUAGAUUGUACAGAUAAUAUAAGUACACGAUUUUUAAUAAAUGAUUUAUGUCUUCUUUAUAAAAAAAAAUUAAUAUUUGGUAGUGCCUUAGGUUUAUAUGGACAAUUAAAUACAUACAAUUUAAAUGAUAACGAUUCUAAUUGUUACAGAUGUUUAAAAAACUUUAAUAAUCAUCAAGAAAUGCAAAACUGUGAUGAAAAUGGAAUACUAUCAACAGUAACAGGAAUUAUUGGAUUAUUACAAGCUAAUGAAGCAAUAAAAUUUUCUGCUAAUCUAAAAGAAAAAAUAUUAAAACCAUUUUUAAGUUAUAAUAGUUUUUCAAAUAACAAACCUUUUGAAACAAUUAAUCUGAAUUAUAAAAAUAAAAAUUGUAUAUGCUCUAUUUAUAAUCAUGAUGAAUUAUAUAAUUUUAUUAUGACCUGUGAUUAUUCAAAUAUUUCAAAAAAUGAACAAUGUACAAAAGUGGAAAAUUCAAAUGAAGAUCAUUAUGAUAUAGAUAUUUAUAAUUUUGUUGAUGUAUUAAAUAAUAAAUUAUCUUUUUUUAAUUUUACUCCUAAUUAUUUAGUAAUAUUAGAUGUUAGGAAAUAUAAUAAUUCAAAUGUAUAUGGUCUUAAAGAUUCAAUAAAAUGGAGUUAUGAUGACAUUAUGGAAGUUACUCAUUCUAAUUCGUCUAAUAAUGCAGAUAAAAUUAUUUACAAUAUUUUUGAUAAACUACAAAUUUUAGAACAAAAAGGAAAGAUAGUUAUUAUUGUCAUUUGCAGAAGAGGUAAUGAUUCAUUAAAAAUAACACAACUUUUUAAUAAUAUUUUUUUGAAAAAUGGAAAUAAUUCAAAUUUAUCGACUACCGACCAGAAUACACAAAAUGUCCAUAUGCAAGGAAAAGAAAUUUUUGUAUACAACAUGAAGGGUGGAUACCUUGAACUUCAAAAAAAAAUGUUUAAAAAUCUUCCUUUUCUAUGA